AUCACACGUAGAAGCCACUGUGAGGGAGCAGCUCAUCCAAGCAAAACCUCCACCAAACCUACGACCGGUUUCAUUUUUUUUCCUCGUCUCCUUCAUUUGUUUCGCUUUUUCUGACGCUGAACUAUGGCUAAUAAGGGGAUUGAGCUGCUGGGCUUCUCGCUGGCCUUCCUGGGCUUCGUCGGCUGCAUCGCGUCCACGAUCAUGGUGCAGUGGAAGGCUUCGUCCUACGCCGGGGACAACAUCAUCACGGCUCAGGCCAUGUAUGAAGGACUGUGGCAAAGCUGUGCAUCGCAGAGCACUGGUCAGAUUCAGUGUAAAUUCUACGAUUCACUCCUUCAGCUACCAGGGAUGGUUCAGACCACUCGGGGGCUGAUGCUGGCCUCCAUCCUGCUGUCCACCAUCGCCGUCCUGGUGGAGACGGUGGGCAUGAAGUGCACCACCUGCAUGGCCGACCAGCCGGAGAUGAAGAGCAAGGUGGCCCUGGCUGGAGGCGUCGUCUUCAUCAUCGCCGGCCUCCUUGCCCUGGUGGGAGCAUCUUGGUAUGCCAACAGAGUAGCUCAGGACUUCUACAACCCGCUCACCCCCACUAAUUCAAGGUACGAGUUCGGCAGCGCCCUGUACGUCGGCUGGGGCGCCGCCGCCCUCACCGUCAUCGGGGGGUCCUUCCUCUGCUGCAGCUGCCCCCAGAAGAGCGCGGCCAGCGCCCCCCGCUACCCGCAGGCCCGCUCCGCGGCCCAGCCGGGCGGGAACUACGUGUAGGGAGGAGGCCGCGGCGCCACCCGCCCCCCCGGCCUAACGCUUACCUUUAGCAGCGUGUAUAUUAGCUAGUGUCGUGGUGUUUAUUGAUGUUGGAUGGGAAAUAAAUUGAAUGCCUAGUCUAUUUAGGUACGAUGUACUGACAGAUGUACUGAAUAGAAGCAUUUUAACAGCACACUCACCCAGUAAGUGUUGAGGCUCAGGAACAAUAACAUUUUUUAAAACUGGACUUUAUUUUUGUUAGUUGCUUAGCUUUGUAAAAUCAAAUCCUUGUUACCUCUCGGCUCAUCUGCUAUUAUACUGUCUGCGUGAAAUACUGCGUUACCCACGGUUUGUUUUGUCAUACUUUGUAUUUUAAUUGAGCUCAGUGAUUUUGAAACACUAAUGCCGUAAUCUAUCCACGCUCAGGCUUGAGUUGAGCUUUCAGGCCAAAGCUGGACAGGAAGCCACAGUAGAUGUAGAGUUAGAGUCUGUGUUCAGAAGGUGAAUCUACCAGUGUCUGAACUAGUACUAAAGUGAACAGCACAGUCAGAGGAGCUGGGAUGCGUCCUGUGGUCUUGCUGGCGUGUACAGACGCGUUGAUUCAUGGGCCAAGGUGGAAAAAAUGUGUCCUAUCUCCCUCUAUGCUUCCCAAAUGUGUGAAUCACACCACCUCCACCCAGUGUAAUGAAACUACAACCCAGCUAUUAUGGUCUGUGGUGAUUUGUGAAUAAAAUAUAUGUACAAUGUU